AUGGAACGAUCCCACACAACCGCCACGAAAUCUCACACGACGCAAUCAGGCAAAGGAACAUCCGUUGAUCAUGGCGUCAUGAUGUCCCGCUGGCUCGCUCAAGGCAGCAAAGAUGAGCCUUGGACAGACUUUUGCAUCACAAAUACAGAGGCUCAGUCUCACGAGUUCAUCGGAAACAUUACGGGUAACAGAGAUGAGGAUGGCUGGAGCAUGAAGGCGGAACAAGGGUCAGCGCAGCACAAGUAG